GUUGUGUUUUUGUUGUUUUGGACUUUUUGUGUUGUAUUUUGUAUGUUUGGCCGAAGUAUUUAAAACAAAAGUGCUGCGGAAAUAGUUAAUAACAAAAUAUUAGUCGUCGUUCGCGGUGCUGUAUUCUUCGUGCUCUCCGCGAAAACGAAUUUAUAUUUAAAGAAUUUAACCGAAAAAGAGAACGCCGCGUUGUUUUGUUGUUUUUUUUUAUUGUUAGUUUUUCUAUUGCAAAGUCAAAUUGUUGUUGCUGCUCUAGGUUUUUCGCUUUUCGAACGUGGCAACGUGUGUGUGUGAGUGCGACUGUUGCAUACAACAACAACAAUAAUUGGAAUUAACGAAACAAAAACAAAAGCAAAACACAGUAUAUAAGCAAGCUUAAACGGUAAAUCGGCGAUUAAAGCCGCGUAAGAGCUAAGUAACAGUAAACAUGAAUAUCGAUUCGCUAAAAAACGAGUGGGAGGAGCUCAACAAGGAGUACUCCGAGCUUGAGAGCUGCAACAGGCGGUACAUCGAGCUCCUGGAGCAGCUGCACAGUCACCAACAAAUCUGCUUCAACGAGAUCAAGCAUCAGCGGUACCGCAUGAACCAGAUAACGGCGUCCCUGCGACAGUUCAAAGGACCCAUUCCGGCGGAGGACAAGGAGAAGGUCGAUGACCUGCAAAAGAUGACCUUGAAGCGCAAGGCGCAACUGCACGAAAUCGAGCAAUCCUUGCCAGCGAAGUCCGGCCGCUACUUGCAGAUAAUCCUCGGCGAUGUGAAUGUCUCGAUUCUGAACAGAAACGACAAAGUUCGCUAUAAAGACGACUAUGAAAAGUUUAAAUUAAUACUCAACGUAAUUGGACUUGUAAUGGCCUUCCUCAAUUUGAUAUUCAACUACAGGGCUCUAGAGCUGGCCUUUAUAUUCCUGCUGGUCUGGUACUACUGCACGCUGACCAUCCGCGAGUCCAUCCUGAAGGUGAACGGCUCCAGGAUCAAGGGCUGGUGGAGGGCGCACCACUUCAUCUCCACGGUGGCCGCCGGAGUGCUCCUGGUUUGGCCCCAGGGCGAGCACUGGCAGAUCUUCCGCAUGCAGUUCAUGUACUUCAACGUCUACAUCAGCAUCGUCCAGUACCUGCAGUUCGGCUACCAGAAGGGCCUGCUCUACCGACUGAAGGCCCUCGGCGAGCGGCACAACAUGGACAUCACCAUUGAGGGCUUCCACUCGUGGAUGUGGCGCGGCCUGAGCUUCCUCCUGCCGUUCCUGUUCAUCGGGUACGGAUAUCAGGCGUACAACGCCUGGACGCUCUACGAGCUGGCCUUCAGCCCGGCGGACGCGCCGUGGCACGUGUCGGUGAUGUCCGGCCUCUUCCUGCUGCUGUUCGUGGGCAACAUGGCGACCACGUUGUGGGUGGUGCCCGAGAAGAUCCGCGAGCGGGCCAAGGAGCGCUACCGCCUCCAGAGCAUGGGCAAGUCGAUGAAGCUGCGCAAGGAGUUGAAGAACAGCGCCAGUGACUUGGACCUGUCGAGUGGAUCGAAACUCUCGCCGACUGCAACUACGACUAAUUCCAUUGCGACUGCGACUCAAACUCCCGCUGAUAAGAAGGAAAUCUAAGCAAAUUAAGGGUUCUGUUAAGCCUGGCAUUUCAACAUAUAUUUACUGUUUUUAUUUUUUUUUUUUCCUAUUUAUUAACUUAUCCCCUUGGUUUUGUUUCUAUCCUCCCAACUUGCUUUCCUUGAACUUUGUUUUCCUUCAUUUCAUACACAAAAUGUAGCACUUAUGUACAUUUGAAGCGAACACUACAUAAGCAGAAAAACAACAAUAUUUAGUCAUAACAUACUUUUUUUCCCCUAAUUGUAAGUGUAAAAUGAGAAAAUGAAACAUUAAAUGGAAUCAAAGUGA